GGGGAUCCCCGGAAGAAGGUCGAGAGACUGCAAAGGGGGCACAAGCCAGGAGCUCUCGGUCACCUAACCCCUCACCCGUCACGUGAUCACGCUGGGCGGAAAGAGGCAACGUGAGGCCCCCCCCCAGGCGCCCGGACAGAAAUCUUCAGAAAUCCAUCUCAGCUAUUUCGUCUCAGGAGCACGGAUGCUGCCCCAACCUGGGAUCUAUUACUUUCCCUGGGAAGUUGGUGCCGGCCUCGUUCCUGAUGGGAACACACUGAGAACUUUUGGCAGGUUGUGCAGCUACGACCUGACCCAGUCCCGAGUGACCCUGAUGGCUCAGCACAGGUCUGACCAGCACCGGAUUCUCGUCUGUACCAAGUUGGUGGAACCGUUCCAAGCCCAGGUCGGCUCCCUCUACACUGUGCUGGGGGAGCUGGAGCGCCAGGAGGCUGGACCUCGCUGUCGUGUCAACCACUUUCCUGGCAGAAGUUCCAAGCCCUCGCCAUCCAACACUCCUCGCGGGCUAAACCUGCACCCUUUCCGGUCCCACCCAGCUGUGGAUGGAGAAAGGCCCCAAAGCUCCGGGGCUUCCUAGCACAAAAGCUGCAAGCUCUCAUCUCUCCUCGGGGCCCUCCAGGCUUGCCUAGAACUCCUACCCCAGGUCUGGCCAGUCCCCUCUCCCCCGUCUGCAACAGAGCUGUUUCAGACGUGCACCUGUCACACACCUGUCACGCGGGGUGUUCACAGUCACCCCCUCCCUCCUACACCCCGGGUAAAACUGAGGCCAGAGCAGCCGUCUCUCCUGGAAAAUGCAUCCUCACCCCCAGUCCUCCUUUGCUGCGGGCUGGGAGGGAAGAGGGUCCCUCCUGCCUGAGGCACAGCCCCUGUGCUGCACCACGUGUGGCCGGUCGCCCUCCCGCAGGGACUUUGCUGUCUCCGCUGAAUCCUUAACCUUUAUAUGCAGGGAGGGAAGUUACCCCUGGUUCUCGCCUCCCAGCAUAUAAAGCGCUCAAGCCUCUUCUAAGGUAAAACAGGAGCAGCAAAAAUAAUGUCAACCCCAGCUCUGGAUCCCUGCCCAGGGAGGAGCCUCCUCUCACAAACUCGCCGAAAGACGGUCCGGGCCCCAUAUCACCCCUUCCUUACCUCCGGCUCACACCUCGACCCACUGCAUUCUGGCUGCUUUUGUAUCAGCUCCUCCUCCUUUGCUGCAGCUUCUUGAUCUAGCCUUGCAGGUGCAAAGGCUCGUUCGUACAGUCCUUUCUCUCUCCCCUGAAGUGCUCUUCAAAUGCUGUUCUCUUAGUCCUUUUACACAGACUUUUUUCUCUCUCUCUCUUUUUUUUUCCGUCUUCUUAGAGCCGU